UACAUUUAAUAGGCAUGUAUUUUAUUUACACAAAUUUGAGCAAUGAAUGAAUGAAGGUGUGAAGAAAACUGCAUGCAAAGACAAACUAACUCAGCUAUUCUCUUUUUCAGGAAUCACAUCCAUUAUAUCACAAAUACCUUUAAGAUAGUUGAGGAAAAUAUAUCUAAAAAAAAAUAGCAUUUUAGGCUUUAUAUAAUAAGUUCAAACCAUUUAUUUGUAUGAAAGACUUGACACCUUAAUCCAGCAUAAAAUGUUAAUCUCAAUAGUUUUUAUCCUCAUGCUAAAUCCUGUGCUUUCUCUUCAAGGCACACUUAGCGAGAAUAAAAAUGGCACUACCAAAUCUAAGGAACACACUAUUAGCCACAAUAUUCCCAAGCUAGUAACCACAACAUUAACCACCAAAGUGAAAAUCCAGACCUAUGCUGCUUCUUCAAAAAGCACCAAUCAGCCUCUUAAUUCCACACCAAAGCCUGUUGUGGAUGGUGUCCAGAAACCUGUGCCUACUCUUCAAGACACACUAAGUGAGAAGAAAAAUUCUACUACUAAAUCAAAAUGGAAUGCUAUUAGUCUAAAUGUUCAGAAACCAGUAACCCCAUUAUCAAACCCCAAAACGAAAAACCCAAGUCAAUCUGCUUCCUCAAAAACUAGCAGCAUUAGUCAGACUCUUUUAUCCACUACAAAGCCUACUGUAGAUGUUGUCCAGAAUCCUGGGCCUGUUCUUCCAGGCAAACUUAAUGAAAAGAAAAAUUCUACUGCCAAAACAACAGCAGGCACCGGUAGUCUUAAUCUUCCAAAGUUAGGAUCUACAGCAUUAAAUACCAAGCCGAAAAACCAGACUCAUCCCACUUCCUUACAAAUGAGCAGCAUCAAUCAGACUCUUCCAUCCACUACAAAGCUGGUUGCUGAAGAAAUCAUACUUAGCGAGAAGAAAAAUUCUACUGUGAAGUCAACAGUCCAAACUAUUAAUGUUAAUGUUAAGUCAACAGUCAAUAGUGUUAAUGUUAAUGCUGAGAAACCAAUAACUACAUUAUUAAAGACCAAAAAGAAAGACCAAACUCAAUCUACUUCCUCAACAACUAGUAGAGUGAAUCAGACUCUCCCAUCAUCUACAAAGCCUGAUGUGGAAACCAUCCAGAAACCUGUGCAAGGUGAACAAAACACAGUUAGUGAAAAGAAAAAUUCUACUGCCAAAACAACAGCCAACACCGGUAGUCUUAAUCUUCCAAAGUUAGGAUCUACAGCAUUAAAUACCAAGCUGAAAAAUCAGACUCAUCCCACUUCCUUACAAAUGAGCAGCGUCAAUCAGACUCUUCCAUCCACUACAAAGCUGGUUGCUGAUGAAAUCAUACUUAGCGAGAAGAAAAAUUCUACUGUGAAGUCAACAUUCCAAACUAUUAAUGUUAAUGUUUCAAAGAAAGUGGCUACAUUAUUAAACACCAAAACGGAAAACCAGACUCAAUAUACUUCCUCAAAAACUAGCAGCGUCAGUCAGCGUCAAGACAUCGUCCCGAAACAUGUGCCUUCUCUUCAGGACCCACUUAGUGAGAAGAAAAAUUCCACUGUUAAGUCAACAUCCCAAACUAUUAAAGUUGCGACUACAUUAUUAAAGACCAAAUUGAAAGACCAAAUUUCCUCAAAAAUUAGUAGAGUGAAUCAGACUCUCUCAUCAUCUACAAAGCCUGAUGUGGACACCAUCCAGAAGCCCGUGCAAAGUGUACAAAACAAAGUUAGUGAGAAGAAGAAUUCUACUACCAAGUCAACAGUCAAUAGUGUUAAUGUUAACUCUGAGAAACCAGUAACUACAUUAUUAAAGACCAAAAUGAAAGACCAAACUCAAUCUACUUCCUUAACAACUAGUAGAGUGAAUCAGACUCUCUCAUCAUCUACAAAGCCUGAUGUGGAAACCAUUCAGAAACCUGUGCAAAGUGAACAAAACAAAGUUAGUGAGAAGAAGAAUUCUACUACCAAGUCAACAGUCAAUAGUGUUAAUGUUAAUGCUGAGAAACCAGUAACUACAUUAUCAAAGACCAAAAUGAAAGACCAAACUCAAUCUACUUCCUUAACAACUAGUAGAGUGAAUCAGACUCUCUCAUCAUCUACAAAGCCUGAUGUGGAAACCAUCCAGAAACCUGUGCAAAGUGAACAAAACACAGUUAGUGAGAAGAAAAAUUCUACUAUCAAGUCAGCAGUCAAUAGUCUUAAUGUUGAUGCUGAGAAACCAGUAACUACAUUAUUAAAGACCAAAAUGAAAGACCAAACUCAAUCUACUUCCUUAACAACUAGUAGAGUGAAUCAGACUCUCUCAUCAUCUACAAAGCCUGAUGUGGAAACCAUCCAGAAACCUGUGCAAAGUGAACAAAACAAAGUUAGUGAGAAGAAGAAUUCUACUACCAAGUCAACAGUCAAUAGUGUUAAUGUUAAUGCUGAGAAACCAAUAACUACAUUAUUAAAGACCAAAAAGAAAGACCAAACUCAAUCUACUUCCUUAACAACUAGUAGAGUGAAUCAGACUCUCUCAUCAUCUACAAAGCCUGAUGUGGAAACCAUCCAGAAACCUGUGCAAAGUGAACAAAACAAAGUUAGUGAGAAGAAAAAUUCUACUAUCAAGUCAGCAGUCAAUAGUCUUAAUGUUGAUGCUGAGAAACCAGUAACUACAUUAUUAAAGACCAAAAUGAAAGACCAAACUCAAUCUACUUCCUUAACAACUAGUAGAGUGAAUCAGACUCUCCCAUCAUCUACAAGGCCUGAUGUGGAAACCAUCCAGAAACCUGUGCAUGGUGAACAAAACACAGUUAGUGAAAAGAAAAAUUCUACUACCAAGUCAACAGUCAAUAGUGUUAAUGUUAAAGCUGAGAAACCAGUAACUACAUUAUUAAAGACCAAAAUGAAAGACCAAACUCAAUCUACUUCCUUCACAACUAGUAGAAUGAAUCACACUCUCUCAUCAUCUACAAAGCCUGAUGUGGAAACCAUCCAGAAACCUGUGCAAAGUGAACAAAACAAAGUUAGUGAGAAGAAGAAUUCUACUACCAAGUCAACAGUCAAUAGUGUUAAUGUUAAUGCUGAGAAACCAAUAACUACAUUAUUAAAGACCAAAAAGAAAGACCAAACUCAAUCUACUUCCUCAACAACUAGUAGAGUGAAUCAGACUCUCCCAUCAUCUACAAAGCCUGAUGUGGAAACCAUCCAGAAACCUGUGCAAGGUGAAAAAAACACAGUUAGUGAGAAGAAAAUUUCUAUUACCAAGUCAACAGUCUAUAGUGUUAAUGUUAAUACUGAGAAACCAGUAACUACAUUACAAAAGACCAAAAUGAAAGACCAAACUCAAUCUAAUUCCUCAAAAAAUAGUACCACUGAUCAGACUCUUCUAUCCUCCUUGAAGCCUGCUGUAGAUGUUGUCCAGAAACCUGUGUCUUCUCUUCCAGCAACAACUGGUGCAAAGAAAACAACUAGUAGUACCGAGUCAGUGGGACACAUUAUUCAUGUUAAUGCUUCAAAGUCAGUAAACACCAAAAUGAUAAACCAAACCUAUUCUGUUUCAUCAAAACCUAGUAACGUGGGUCAGACUCUCGUAUCCACAGCAAAGCCUGUUGUAGAUGUCCAGAAAUCUGGUCCUUCUCUUCAAGGCACAAUAAGCAAGAAGAAAAAUUAUACUUCCAAGUUAACGACUCAAACUAUUAGUCAUAAUAUUCCCAAGCUAACUACAUUAGUGAAUACCAAAACUCAUCCAACUUCCUCAGAAACUAGUAGUAUCGAUCAGACUCUCCCAUCUACCUCAAAGCUUGAUGUGGAUGAAAGCACACUUAGCAAGAAGAAAAAUUCUACUGUAAAAUCAGUAUCCAAAAAUAUUGAUGUUAAUCCGCUGAAGACAUUAACUACAUCAUUAAACAUCAAAACAAAAACUAAAACUCAGUCUACUUCCUCAGAAAUUAGCAAUGUCAAUCAGACUGUUGCAUCUACCACAAAGCCUGUGGUCGAUAGAGUCCAGAAUCCAACUAAAGACAAACCUGCAGAGAGUUCACCAGUUAAAGUAGUCAUCACUGAGGGUUGCGUUCCUCAGGAGUCUCAGACAGACUCAGGUAACGUAACCAAAGUACAAGAAACUGAGCUCAGUUUGAAUCCUGGAUCUCCUCUGGUAAUGACUCAUCACAUCAACCUGGUUCAAGGAGCCUGCACAGGAAGCUGUGACACUGAGAUGGCCACACUGAGAGACAGAGUUGAGUUUCUUGAGAAGGAGAUGGCAGCGAUCAAAAAAAUGUGUGUUCAGUGUUCAGGAGAGCAAUGCCCUAAAAACUGUAGUAGCCAGGGCAAGUGUGAAGAUGGAAAGUGUGUUUGUUUCCAAGGCUUUAGUGGCCCAGACUGCAGUGGCAAAACCUGCCCAUCUAACUGCAACAAAAAAGGGAAUUGUGUGAAGGGAAAGUGUGUGUGUCAGACUGGUUAUACGGGCCUUGACUGCAGUAAGGCUGCUGACAAAAAGAUCACAGUAACUGUUGAAACAGUGGCUUUGAAGAUCCCCACUGCCAAGCCCGAUACAAAACAUGUGAAGACAAAGCCAGACAAGACCAUAUUCGUGAAAAAGACAGACACAAAUGACACAAAGACAAACACCACAGCCAAGCCAACAGUGAAGCCAAGUCCAACCGUGUCUCCAGGUAAAGCCCAGUCCAAUACCACAAAGAGAGACAAGUUUAUUAAGACUAUUGUUCAAGUUCUGCUAAACCAUGAAGGUAGAAGACGUCAAGAGCAAGCAAAAAAAGGCAAAACAACAAUCAUAAAUCUAGAAUUAGACAAACAAUCACAAACUGAUCUCACUGACAUGUCCAAGAAAAAUAAUCUUAAAGAUAAGCCUGUCUAUCAGAAUGUGACUCGGAAACCUGGAAAGAAGGUUAAUGGAACCUCCAAAGUUUCAGAGAAUGUGUUUAAAGGCACCAAAGAAUCAUCUAAUUCAACUGUGUCCAAGACAAAGGUCACUAUUAGAACUGUAGGUGAUCAAGCAAAAGAAAGCAAGACUAUUAAUGUUACAUCUACUGGAAAAGAAAAGAAGCUAACGCACAGCAAUGUAACAACAACUCUCCAAGCAGAGAAGUCAUCUGAUAAGCAUAUAAAUGGGACAGGUUUUGCAUCCAAAACUCAUACAAGGCAUUUUAAUAAAACUAUCAGCAGAUUAUCAGUCAUUGGAUCAGUUGAGGUUCAUAAUAUCACUUCUACUGGGUUCAUUAUGUCUUGGGAAGCUCAUCGAGACAUUUUCAAGAACUUCACUAUAUCAAGAAGGGAAAUCAGAGGAGGAAAUGAAGAUUCUGAGAAAAUUCAGGAUGGAGCAGCGGCUGUAAAUGUAACAGAUGUCCAAAGGCCCAGUUUAAACAGAACAUCAACUAAAGUCCAAAGUAGCAAACCUGAAGGAAAGACUGUGAAAAAUUUCUACCAAGUUCUUGCUGGUACAGCACGGUCAUAUCAUUUCAAAGGCCUUCAACCUCAAACGCGGUACUCGGUUUCCUUGUUUGGCUCUGGUCUUGGCAUACGAUCCAAAAUUCACCGUCUUACAUUAUCCACAGGCCCUGAACCACCCACUGACUUGAUGUUCAGCAAUAUAACAGAGACUUCCUUCUCAGUAUCAUGGGCAAAACCUAAAAGCAUAGUAGCAGAAUUUAAAGUCACAUACACCAACAUUGUAACUGGUGAAAGUGGCUCCAUGUCUGUUGACUCCCAGCUGUCCCAUGUUCUCCUGUCUAAGCUCUCUGCUGGCUCCACCUAUGAUAUUACUGUGAGCUCAGUUCUGGAGACACUCGAAAGCGAGCCAAUCACAGCCUCUGUCACAACAGUGCCGGAUUCUCCUACUGAACUAAAGGUGGUGAACAUCACAGACACUAAAGCUCUCCUGGUAUGGAAACCAUCACAAGCUAAAGUGGACAGCUACAUACUCAGUUAUGGAACUACAAAAUCUCCUAAUGUGACUAUUACAGUGACAUUAUCUGGCAGUACUGUGGAGCAUCAACUCAGAGGACUCCACAGAUCUUCUUUAUACAUGGUGAAAAUCAAAAGCCAAGUCAACCGGCUCCAGAGUAGCCCAGUCUCCACAACCUUCACAACAGGAAGUGUGAAACUUCAGGUCUUGACUCCCGAUGAGGUGACCUUUCACUCAGCUGUGAUUUCAUGGAAGGCUCCCCGUGUGGCUUUCAAAAGUUAUAGGCUCACAUACCAACUGAGCGAGGAAGUCAAGGAGGUGAUUUUAAAUCCAUCUGUGACACGUUAUGAGCUGACUGGACUGGCAGCCUUUUCAAACUAUACUGUGAAAAUAGAUGGAGAAAGAGAUGGACAGUACAUCAGUUUUGUCUAUGCUGAAUUUACCACUGCCCAGCUCCCCCACCCAUACCCCACAGACUGCUCAGAGGUACAGGUCAACGGGAUGAAGGAGUCAGGAGAGGCUGAGAUUUACCCUGAAGGGAAGGAUGGAGAGCCAGUCUGGGUCUACUGUGACAUGGAGACUGAAGGAGGAGGCUGGACAGUAUUCCAGAGGAGAAUGGAUGGAUCUACUGAUUUCUUCAGGACCUGGAGAGACUACAGUAAAGGCUUUGGUUCCCUGAGCGGGGAAUUUUGGCUGGGAAAUGAUAUCCUUCACGCUCUCACCAGUCGUACACCAAUGAGCCUGCGGAUUGACCUGCGUUCAGGAAAUGACACAGCCUUUGCUCAUUAUACCAACUUCAACAUUAGCUCAGAGACUAACCACUAUGAAAUCGAGCUGUCUGGAUACUUUGGCACUGCUGGUGAUUCCAUGAAAUAUCACAACCGCCGUCCAUUCUCCACCAAAGACAGAGAUCCAAGCACUCUUAGCAUCCACUGUGCUAAGGCCUACUUGGGAGGCUGGUGGUAUAAAAAUUGCUACAAGGCAAACCUCAAUGGCCUCUAUGCCUCCUACUCGGACAAUAAGGGUGUGGUGUGGAUAGACUGGAAGGGCAAAGACGCAUCCCUCCCAUUUACUGAGAUGAAGCUUCGACCCUCCUAUAUCAGUCAAACGAUCCCGACAACCCCAACAACCCAAGGUUAAAUCUACAGAGUGAAUAGUGCACAUAGUGCAAAUACACUGUACAAACUUCUACACACUGCUACUUCAAUAUUGUAUAUAGGUUAACAACAUAAAUUACAAAACAAGCUUUGCAAAGUAAAUAUGCAAACAACCUCCAACCAAUCACAACAACUUUUGUAAGCAAGUUUUUUUGUAAUUUUUUUUUUAUUAUUAUUAUUAUUUUUAUUUUUUUUAUGUUAUGUAGACUUUAUGCAUGUGUCGAUGUACUUGUGUUAAUGGAGGUCCAUCAUUGAUAUUAACAUUUCCGCUACUGGAAUAACUGCACUGUCUUGAUCUAUUGGUACUAUUUUUUAACUAUUUUUUAUCUUUUCAUAUGACUGGUUUCCUCUCUAUGAAAAUGUUUUAUUUGGAUGUUGUAGACAUGUAGACAAAACCAAUAAAACAAAGUACUAACCAGUCCUGGAUUCAGAA